UACCCAAAAAUUUAAAAAAAAAAAUCGACUACUGUCGCUAUCAAACUUGCUCGAUCUUUAACUCCUAAACCUUCAUCUUCCCCCUCUUUCUUUCUCUCUCUCUCUAUUUUUUAUCUUUCUAUAUCACCGUUUUCUUUCCAAAUUCUCAGUUUUUGAAGCUUUAUGGGGAAGAACUACAUUAAUUAAGGAAUUGAUAGCCUUCAACAGUUCCUUGUCAGAAACUAUACAAGCAAGAUGAUAAGUUAUGACCAAGAUCCUGAUGUUGUUCGCUGGGGUCUUCAUCAACUUUUAGAUGUCUGUAGUAUUACUAAUGCUGGUUCACAAAGUGCUGUAACGCAGUAUGAUAGAGAUUUGAGUCAAGUUCAGUAUGUCAGAGAAUGUUAUUGUCAAACAGAACAGGGAGAUGUGGAGAAUGAUGCAGUUAUUGCAUAUGCCCUUCAACAAGAACUGUCACGAGUUGCUGCUGCUGAAGCAUCUGGGUCUGAUAAUCCCUCUCAAGAAUCGAUACUUGCACAGGAUUGGCUUGCUCCUUCAAGAAGAUACUUUAGUUCUGGGUGUGAGAAUGAUGUGGAAGCAGCAGAUUUUUCUGGAGAAAAUGGAAGAGAGACAGGUGGUUCUAGUAAACAGAUGGAGACAGGUGGUCAAAGUAGGGAGGUGAAGGUGGAAACUGAUGAUGAUGAGGGCCAAGUAGAGAAUUUGCAGUAUUUAUUAGACGUAACAGACGAGUCUUCAAUUCUUGAUUGUGAGGUGGGCAAGAGAUUGAAUCAGAUGGUCCCUGUUCCUCAUGUUCCCAAAAUUAAUGGUGAAAUACCAUCAGCUGAUGAAGAGAUAUCAGAUCAUCAAAGGCUGUUAGAUAGGUUGCAAUUGUAUGGUCUGAUAGAAAAUAAGGUGAAAGGAGACGGUAACUGUCAGUUUCGGUCAUUAUCAGAUCAGCUCUACCGAUCUCCUGAGCACCACAAGUUUGUGAGGGAACAAAUAAUUAAUCAGCUAAAGUCUUACCCAGAAAUUUAUGAGGGUUAUGUUCCAAUGGCUUAUGAGGACUAUUUGAAGAGAAUGAGCCUGAGUGGUGAAUGGGGUGAUCAUGUUACUUUGCAGGCUGCUGCUGACUCGUAUGGCGCCAAGAUAUUUGUGAUAACUUCGUUUAAGGACACAUGUUACAUUGAGAUCCUUCCACAUGUUCCAAAAUCCUCGCGAAUUAUCUUUUUAAGUUUUUGGGCAGAGGUGCACUAUAAUUCGAUUUAUCCUGAAGGAGAACUGCCUGCGUUUGAAGAUAAGAAAAAAGGGAUAUGGUGGUGGAUAUUUGGAAACUAAAUGGCUGUGUUGCAAGCUGGUUAUAUUGCGGAUUUACUUCUAAGUUCUGCGUUGACUCAUUUGUGGCAUCUAGCCAUUGGCUUGAUUUUGAGUUUUAAUGUAUAUAUAUAGUGUACGGAGAAAAAGGAAGGUUGUUGCUACUACUGCUACUGACACCAGUGCAUGGUUUCGCUUGUUUUGUAUAUAUAAGUUUCUCCGAUCGGGGAUGGGGUAUGGGAUCAUUCGAUCUUGCAUGCAUCUAUACACAUCUUACAGUUUGUAGAGUAGGAAAGUUUUUCUUAUUAUUAUUUCAUUGAUUCAUUCUAGCCUUACUGUUAUUGUAAAUAGACCAUGGGUAACUUUUACAUUUCAAUAUUUAUUUUCACUUAUCUCGUAAUAGAUGAAGCUUCUGUACUUA